AUAAUAUCUGAAAUGUUCAAAUGGUAUACUAUGGAAAACCUCAUGGACCUCUGCUCCAUUGAAGAUGGAUAUAGCAGCAGCAGCAUUGUUCUUGAAAAACAAGUAUUUAGAUCGAAAGUGCCAGAAUCACAUGUUCAGCUGGCUUGUAGCCUCCAUUACUGUGCUUUUCCCUUAAAUGGAAAUGAACUUUGUAUUUGGAAUAUGAGUGAUGAGCCUAACCAUCAGCCAUUGCGUUUAAUAGGUCAUCAUCACACGAUUACUGCACUGGCAUUUGGGACCAAAGUUGAUCCUCUCCUUAUUUGCUCUGCUUCACAAGAUUAUGUGAUAGUUUGGAAUCUGGAUGAAUGUAUAAAGAAGGUGCUAGAAGGGUUAAUGCCACAAGGUACUGUGAUAGGAACCCUUCUGGGGAUGGUGCUUUAUGUUCGCUUUAGUCCAGAUGAUCAGACUGUGGCAGUAUGUGCUGGUAAUCGAAUCUACGUGCUAAAUGCAAAGGAUGAAGCAAUAAUUGCUGAACUAGAAGGCCAUCUAGCACCAGUAACUGCUGCUGAAUUUUGUACUUGGGAGAAAAAUAUACUUAUAUCGAUUUCAGAAGAUAGAAGUUUUAAAGUCUGGGAUUACUGUAUUGGAUUGCUAAUAUAUCAAUCAGCAGUAAUAACAGCAUUUCCUCUUUUAAGUCUCUUUAUUGAUGAAGCAAAUAAACAGAUUAUCACUGGUUGUGCAGAUGGACAGCUGUGGAUAUUCAGCUUGAUUAGUGGACAUAAGUAUCGCUGUGUAAUUCAUAUUAAUGUCAAGAAAGAGAGAAAAAAGUUUUACAACAAAAUAACAAAGUUUGAGCAUUUGGAUCAGAUUCAGAAUAUUUCUCAGACAUGUAUUAUAAGCAAUAUAGAAGAAGAAGAUGCGGUUGAAACUACCUUUCCAAUCCUUAGAAUUGAACACUGUGAUAAUCCAGCAAAUUUUGGUGAUAAAGCAUCUAGAUUUCCUACUGAGGGUACACAGUAUUUGUGGAUUGGAAGUUCUACUGGUUUAUUCAUAAUUAACAAUGCAAACUUUGAGUUGGAAGCUGCUUUACAUUACAAAGACUUCACCGGUCUUAGUAUUCAGAUUGCUGGAUCCUGUGCUUUAACGAGGAAGGCAGUCAAUGGAAAGGUUUUCUGUUUGCUAACUUCUAUGUUGGAGAACAAAAUAGUUUUACUGGAAGUUAACGUUGCUGCUCUGUUGAGAUGCCAGCAGAAUAGUCUCCUUUUAAAUGGAAGGGAAGAAGGCUUUUCUGCUGUUGCAAGAUGUUCUCUUCUUGUGACCUCUCCCUUGUACCUGAAGAAGGAAAAAGCCAAACUUGUAAAUAAAACAGGUACAAAAAACCAUAUAAAAGACAAGCCAUUGGUUUUUCAUAACAAAAUUAAAUCAUCAGGUUAUACAUCAGCACCACACAUGCUCAUGUUCUCUCCAAAUUCAAAAAUAAAACACAGCAGGUUGCCAUCGGAAUACAAGAGAAGUUGGAGACAAAGAAAAAAGGAAGACUAUCCACUUGGAAAAUCUCCUCCAACCGAAAGUGUGAGGCAAAUUACUGUAACUGAUAAACCAACCGCCAUAUGCUGUAUUCAGUAUUCAGGAAAUGGAGAAUUAUUGGCUUGUGGUUUAGCUGACAAAACAUUGCUGGCAUUCAAAUCAAACCUUAUAGGAGAACCAACUGUUUAUUCAGGACACGAUGGUGCUAUUACCUCAGUAGGUUGGAGCCAUGACAACAAUUGGCUUGUUUCAUCUUCUGAAGACAGAACAUUAAAGAUCUGGUCAGUUAGCAGCGCAGAACCUGCUUUAUGUCUGGGAAAGGAAAUAUUUCACAAAUCUAUCCGAUCAGCCCAGUUUUAUUAUAUAGAUACGUUCAUAUUACUGUCCUGUGGAGCAGAAUUUUAUUUAUUAAGAUAUUAUCUUGACACCAGUAAAGAUGAGAUAAAACGAAAUUACAGAUAUUGUAUUGGCAGCUGGGAGUAACCGAGCACUAGAAAUAUUUGACCUCAAUGUGGGCUGUAGUGCAGCAGUGAUAAGAGAUGCUCAUUCUAGAUCAGUUCACCAAAUUUGCCAAAAUAAGGGAUCAUCUUUUAGCUGUCAGCCACAUGAAGCUUAUAAUCUCUUUUUAACAGCAGCUAUUGGUGAUGGCAUCAAACUUUGGGAUUUGAGAACAUUGA